UUCGCUAAAAGCAGCUCACUUGUCUCUUUCCCUCUCUGAGGAUGGAAUACACACACAGAACUACCGCAACACUCGGAGUUUCAACUACUAUUUUCUCUGCUUCCUCAUCUAAUUCUUCUCCUUCUCCUUCUUCUCUUCCAACUACUGUUCAGGGUCCCUGUGCUGCCUGCAAAAUCCUUCGUCGUCGAUGCACUGAGAGAUGUGUGUUAGCUCCAUAUUUUCCACCGACUGAACCACUCAAAUUCGUCAUUGCCCAUAAGGUCUUUGGAGCUAGCAACAUCGUCAAGGUCUUGCAGGAACUUCCCGAGUCCAAGAGAGCGGAUGCAGUAAGCAGCAUGGUAUAUGAAGCCUAUGCGAGAAAUCGUGAUCCAGUCUAUGGUUGUGCUGGUGCAAUUAGUCACCUUCAGAAACAACUUAAUGAUCUCCAAGCAGAAUUGGCUAUGACACAAGCGGCGCUCCUUCUCAUACAAUGCCAACAACAUGAACAAAAUCAUGAGAAUACAACCUUCUUUGAUCAGGACAAAUAUUUCAGCUCCGUCUUGGAGCCUUCCUGGCAAUGAAGAAAUCUCAGGGAAUUAAUGGGGAAGUUCAAAUAAAUUCUAAGUGGGUGGGUAUCAGGAUUAGAAAUGCAAAUGAGAGAAGAUGCUAGCUUGAUGUUCUAUGUCAUAUCAAUGAUUUAGAUCUUGAAAAUCGAAAUGAAUU